AUGAGGAAGAACGUCGUGGCAAGGUUGAACCAAGAGUCCAAGUCGCCGUUGCGCAGUUCGGUUCCGAUUCCCGUCGGUUCCAAUCCCUGCAUACUCUGCCCAUCCACGACCGCCGCCGCCGUCGUGUUCGCCACGGCGACCAUCCUGCUUGUACCCGCCGGCAUCUGCACGACAAUCGACACGCUCCCGCCAUCACGCGCCAUCGUCUACUGCACGCCGAACGUGCCUCUCCCGGCCACUCAGGCUGCACCCCCACCUCCUGCUGCUACACCCACUCCCGGUGUGCCAGUGCCAGCGCCCGUCUCUAUAACACCAAAGACGUGGGCCUUGCUCGCCACAUCCAAACUUGUGAGGGUUAUGGUCUCUAUACUUACUGCACGGACUACUACGUAG